AUGUCGGGCGAUGAAUCUGCGCCACGCACAACGGCUGAACGUCUUCGUGCGGCACGCCGGCGGGAAACGGCUCUUCUCUAUGAGCAGUCGUUUGACCGUCGCCGCUGCAGUUUUGUUCGAGGCCCGCCUUGUUUGGGAAGCGCCGCAACCACGGCAUCAUCUGUUAGCAGCGAUGUGCCCUUGGUGCAGCAAAACAAAGAUACGCAAGCACAAUGCACCAGCGUGAUUGCAAAAAGUGAAUCACACGAAACCGUCACAGCACGUGACUGUAACGUGUGCGACAGCGACUCAUUGCCCAUCACACUGUUUGCAAGUCCACUGAAAGUCCUCGACCGCAAUUGGAGCGGCUACAACACCCCACGGCGACCUGACUGGUGUAUGUACGGUGCAGGCACACACACACCGAAGAAAAAACUAUCAAUGAAUACCGUUACUAGCACAAGGCGACAGCCACCGUUACUUCUUCGUCCUUCUUCGGCAGCCACGACGAUACGGUCAAACCUCACGGGGGGUUUGUUGUCAAACCGUGCCACCAGUCGACUGAUGACCACACCGCGGGAUCGACCCUACUCCUCUUCUUCUUCGUUAAUGACUCACAAUACAACAAUCUCGACAGCGGCGACCGUAAUGACGAUGGCAGCAGGGACAAGAAGAGCAGACAGCUUCCGAACCACUCCGAGGAGAUUAAGUUCUCAGAGCACCGCUUCCACACGUCCACCAACGGCGAAGGGGCAAACUGGUGGCAUGGGUGUUGUGGUUUUGACGAAGGAAGAGAUUCAACGCCUCCAUCAACUUAUCGCUUCAUCGUAA